AUGUGUAAAGGAAUAAGUGUUUUCAAAACCACAGUCUUACCAGGUGCUGCUUUUAAGGGCUCUCCCCUUGUUUUCUUAGAUUCUCUCAUGGAUGAUCAAAGCUCAGUACAGGAUGGAAACUCCAUGUUAUCUACUGAUGACUCACAUGUGCAAGUGAGAUUUUCUGAAGAUAUCUCAGCGAGCAACCACACAGACUCUGAAGCACUAGGUAGAUUUGCUCAAGAUCCUAUUCUACAUAUGGAACAGGUGGACAUGGAGAGCUUGGGUGAACUCUUUGAGCACUGCAUACAGCGAGUAUCCUAUCUAGAAAGGCAAAGAGAUGUGCUGAUACAGGAGCUUCUGGUUCUGCAGGAACCUAUGCUGCAAGUUGUGGGGUACCUGAGAGCGAAGCUGGAGGGAACACACAGGCUUCUCGCUCUGGCUCAGCUGGAUUAUGUUGCGGUUUGUGAGGAUGUGCAACAGGUAAAGAGGAAACUGUUCACCACAGCCAGAGACUGCAUCCAGAGCCAGGUGAAGCUAGCCGAGCAGGAGUACGAGGUGGCUCAGUCUGCUGUUACUCAGGAAGAACUCAAGGCUCAAAUUCAAAGUCUGACCCAGGAGUUGGUGCAGCUGCAGGACGCCCACCGGAACCAGCUCAAUUCCCUCCGUGAUCAGGCCACUACGCCCUGCAGGCCCAGGGCCAUGAGCGACAUCAGCCAGUGUCGCCAGGCCUCCAUCAGACUGCAGCGAAGGCUCAGCGGUAGUGUGAAGAUGUUGGAAGGCUGGUACGAGCCUCGCCUCAUGGCCCUGCUGAAGAGAAGGCAGGUUGGGGAGGAAGCUUUGAGAAAAACCAGGGAGCAGGCAGUGGACCUGAGAGCCGGGCUGAAGCCUCUGAGAGAGGAGAUACACAGGCUGGAGGUGCAGAGAUCAUGUCUGGAACAGAGGAUCACUCUUUUGGAGACAGAGCGGCACAAGAGCACUGCACAACAUGAGGAGACUGUGGAGAAACUAAAAAAGACUCUGAGAGAACUAGAAGUGGAGUUUGAGGUUCAGAGAAAAUCGAAGAAAGGCUUGGAAGAUCUUAAAGAUGGCCUUUUAGCAGAGCUGACAUUUCUGAGGGGCUGUGAACUCAGUGACAUUACAGAGGAAGAGUCAUAAUUUUCAAUUUCCAGAGGUUCCUCAUCAGAGAUGAGACCAAAUCACACCGCUCACAUUACAUGUUUGAAAAUGCCAAAAAUCUACGUCUUGUUAUUCGCUCACAUCCGACUUAACAUCUAAGAGGUUGUGCCAAGAAAACAAAGCAAACAGCUGUACUGUAAAUAUUUUUUAUAUGAAUAUACUUAAGUACACAAAAGAUCAGAUGCAGAGAAAAUGCAGAGAGAAAAAAAAAA